GGGAACUUAGCGCCCUCAGCACCAAUCAUGAAGGGCCACAUGAGUGGGGAGUGUCAGUAUAAAUGAAGCAGGCAGCAAGAUCUGUUCCCACGCUGGGAGGAACAGAAGAGGAAGGAGCCUCUGGGUUCUUCGCUGACGUUACAUGGAGAGUCUGCAGACUGCGGUGUGACCUGCAAGCCUCACUUUAAGGGGAAAGAUGGUGGGCUGUGACCUGCUGUGGCUGGCUGUGGCCUGCAUUCUGAUGCUGGCCUCUUCAUCUACAACAACACAGCAAGAUUAUGGAGGCCCCAGGAACAGUGGCUCUGAUGGGCUGGACUGUGGAGCGUCUGGCUCCUGCUUUGACCCUUGUCAGAAUUACAUCACCCUGGAUGACCCAUCCAGAAGCACAGAGUACACGGAGGUCUCAGAUGCGUGUGAUGACAAUCUGCGGGGCUGGUACCGCUUUGUGGGUGAAGGAGGAGUGAGGAUGCCAGAGACCUGUGUGGAAGUAUUCCGGUGCCAUACCUUUGCUCCCAUGUGGCUGAAUGGAGCUCACCCCAACCUGGAAGAUGGCAUUGUCAGCCACACAGCCUGUGCCAAUUGGAAUGAAAACUGCUGCUUCUGGAGUUCUGAGGUCAAGGUGAAGGCCUGCUCAGAAGAAUCAGGAAUCUUUCAUGUAUACAAGCUCCAGGGCACCCCUGAAUGCAGUCUGAGAUACUGCACAGGUAAGCAGCAGCUGCAGGACAGGUGUGAUAUCACUUGCCGUCCUGAGGAGAAAUGUGUUCUACUCCAAGAUGGCUCCUGGACCUGUGUCUGUAAUCCGGACCUCAGUGUUUCUGAUCCUCAGAGUUUGCAGCCUGAGCUGGACUGUGGACCUAGUGAGAUCAAGGUGAAGCUGGACAAGUGCUUGCUGGGAGGUCUGGGUUUCAAGGAGGAGAUUAUUACCUUCCUGAAUGACCGGAACUGUAGUGGAAUCAUGCAGAAUGAGCCCAACAACUGGGUGUCUGCCACCAGCCCCGUUGGGGAUAAUGCCUGUGGGAACAUUCUGGAAAACAAUGGGACCCAUGCCAUCUACAGAAACAACCUCUCCUUGGCCACUGAUUUCAUCAUCAGGGACUUCCUCGUCAAUGUCAACUUCCAGUGUGCCUACCCACUGGACAUGAAGAUCAGCCUCCAAACUGCACUUCGGCCCGUUGUAAGUUCCCUGAAUAUUGAUGUGGGUGGGGCAGGAGAGUUCACCGUCAGGAUGGCCCUCUUCCGAGACCAGAGCUACACACAACCGUAUGAAGAGGCCCAAGUGGAACUUCAGGUGGAGUCUAUGCUCUAUGUGGGUGCCAUCUUGGAUAGAGGAGAUGACUCCAGGUUCAAGCUGUUGCUGAGGAACUGCUAUGCCACACCCACAAAAGAUAAGAAUGACCCCGUGAAGUACUUCAUCAUCAGAGACAGCUGCCCAAAUCAACAAGAUUCCACCAUCAACGUGGAGGAGAAUGGGGUGUCCUCAGAAAGCCGGUUCUCAGUACAGAUGUUCAUGUUUGCUGGAAAUUACGACCUAGUUUUCCUGCAUUGUGAGGUGAACCUAUGUGACUCCACUAAUGAAGAGUGUGAACCAUCUUGCUCUAGAAGUCAGCUCCGCAGCAGUGGACCAGGCAUCAACUUGGCCCAGGUUCUGGACUUAGGACCCAUCAGUAGGAAAGGUGCUCAGACUCUCGAGACCUCAAGUGGCACUCCUGGCACUGCAGGGUUCCUGAUGGCCUGGCCCAUGCUCUUCCUGCCUGUCUUCCUGCCUUGGCUGUUCUGAGAGGCCAGCUGGGCAUCUGGCUGAGAAGCUCAUGUUCUUCCCUCUGGCGAUGGCUCUCAUCCAGCCUUCUUCAGUAGAACUGGAUCCCUCUGUGUAUCAUCAUGUGGACAGCCCUGGUUCAAGGCUAGGCUGGGUUUGGAGAAAGGGAAGAGCAUGCUCCGUUAUGUUCCUCUUUUUCUCGUGUUGAGACACUGCCAGUUUGUCCUAGGCCAGCUUGCUCACUCAUUAGUGGGGCUUGGAAAGAGAACCCAGACCCGCUUGGUUUCUUUUUGAUGCUAGUAAUUAGUGCAUGCAUAUUAGAACUCCUGGAUAGAGGUGUCCUGUGAGUGGGUAGAAAGGCCAUGGUUCUUCCUAAAUGUCUCGUGUCCUGAAAGCUGGUGAAUUGAAACCCAUUGACCCUGGCAUUCAUUCUCUCUGCUGUGUUUCAUUCUGGCAACAGUCACGUGGGAACAUGCGGUUGUGAGGAGGGGAGUGAGGACUCCCAAAGGGGAGACCAGACCCACCACUCAUCUAUGCCCUUCACCACUGCAAUGGCGCCUAGAGCUGCACACAUCUCUACACUUGGGGCCCAGAUGCUGGAGGAACUGCUUUUUUUUUUAUGCAGAACUGCCAUUACCGUGGAGAAUAGCCCUUGCUGUUAGCAUUGUGGUGUGCUUGCUCUGGAGGACUAAGCAGGGGAAGGCAGACUGAAAAUGAUACAUCAAUGCUGUUGUGGGACUCUAGCCCCAAAACCUAGAAGAUAGGUGAUGUCCCAUCCUGAAGACUUUUAACUAAUUAUCCCAAAACACUUUACAAAGACUUGACCAAUGAGGAAUGCUUCCUUUCCUCACAGAUACACAUGAGGCUUCUCCAAGCUGACUUCUGGAAGAACAGUAGAAGCCAGAGUCAGAGCCUGGGUGCUAGGCAUGCCUGUCUGCUGAGAGUUUCCACUGCACAGCCUUGUUCAGACAGGAUCUGGGUUCCAAAACACAGAGACUUACUCCAACUAACUCAGGCAAAAAGGGGAAUAAUUGUAGGUGUAUCACAGUCUAGUCUGACUAAUUUAUGAUUUCUAGAGAUUGUAUUAAAUAAUGUGAUAAUAUCAAAGCAAGAAGGCCAGGGGCGAGGAGUACAUCCCAGUUGCACACAAACUAAGAAUCAGAUUGCGGAAGCCAUGAUGCACCCCGGUUUGUCCAUCUUUCCAUCCUUCAGUCUUCCUGAAGCUACACAGCUGGUACAUCUACUUAUUAUCUGUUGCAAGGAACCACUUGUUUGUCCUGGCCUCCCAGAACCAAAAUAAUCACACAGAAACUUUAUUAGUUAAAACACUGCUUGGCCCAUUAGCUCUAGCUUCUUAUUGGCUAACUCUUACAUCUUAAUUUAACCCAUUUCUAUUAACCUGUAUAUCACCAUGAGGUUGUAGCCUACCAGCAAAGUUUCAGCACGUCUCUGGUGGCAGAUCCGUGGCAUCCGUCUGACUCUGCCUCCUUUCUCCCAGCCUGCCAUUUAGUUUUCCCCGCCUACCAAAGUUGUGCCCUAUCAACAGGCCAAGGCAGUUUCUUUAUUCAUUAAUGGUACUCAAGCAUAUAGAGGAAAAUCCCACAUCUUUGGACGUCUCCUGCACUUCAGUUGCGCAUACCUUCCUAGUUCAAAGAGCGGCAGCGAUGGUCUAGCAUGUUGCUGUCUCCCACUCACGUUGUCUUAGGACGAUCCAAUUUGCUGUUUGAAUGAGGGUGUUUCCUGGCUCCCUACAACUGAGACUGGGUAAGUGGGACCAACAAACACUAAGUAGACAAUGAGACUAACCUCAUGGGUGGGUCAACAUCCCACAGGCCAUGAGGAGAGCACCUUCUGUUUCUCUGAAAGCUUUAAGGUCUUUGUCUACUGCAUUCCAAAGACAAUGGUAUGGUAGGAACUGCCCUACAGCAGAGGUUUGAACAUCUUAAAUGUCUCCUCUCUCAAUGGCCCACUUUCUCUUUUCAGUAGAAUAAAGGGUUUGGGGCCAGAACAAGGUUCUUAAAUCUUUAAAUGGCACAGUUCUUCUUUUAAGUAUAAUUCUACAUGAACCCCAAUGUUUGAGGUGAAAGCAAACAGACUCCUGUUGCUGUUAGGUAGGAGGCUUAUCUCUUCCAUCUAUGACUCCCUUUUCAUCAGGACCUCACAGCAAGCACAAAAUAACACAUAAAGUAACCAGGAGCAAAACACUGUGGAUUCCUGGGAAGUAGGAACUUGAGUAUCUCCUCCAAAGGAAGUCAACAGAAUUCCACCCAACUAGAGCCAAACUUGGAUGUACAAUACCUGCUGUCUAUAAGCCUGUUGGUAUCUAUCUGUCUAUUAUCUGUCUAGCCCUCCAUCUCAUUUACUUAUCAACUUAUUUAGCCACCUAUGUGUCAUAAAGCUAGCUAGGUAACGAGUUGUACUGCUUUUUACUUUUCCUACAAAUGAACAUGCUAUUAGA